AUGGGUUCCCGGAUCGCCAGCUGGCGCUCGAGCGCAGCCCAAUUCGCGCAUGGAGGCCGCCGGCGACUGCGCCUCGUGAAGAGGGAAAGGGGGGCGUCUUCGCUGUCCAGGCCACCGGGGCACUACCGCCCAGUUUUCAGCAAGGUGAAGGCUGUAGGCGAUCAGCGGACAGGAGAUGCAGGUGGCACGUUGGUGUCUUCCACUGAAGAGGAAGAUGCCGCCAUGGAAAUCUUCCAGUCAUUUGAGGGAGCGGAGGACGUAGAGUUCCGUGGAGAGUCUGUUGCGGCAUGGGUUGGAGCAGCAUUUGCAUUUGGUGCUGGCGUGUGGUACUUCCUGGGAUCUGAGAAAGCAGAAGAGUACUUUGCGGGAUACCUUCUGGAGCAGAGCCUGUCUGUGGACAACCUGUUUGUCUUCAUCCUGGUGUUCAACUACUUCCAGACCCCCACAGAAUUCCAGCCCAAAGUGCUGACAUAUGGAAUUGUAACAGCUGCAGUGCUGCGCCUAGUGAUGGUUGUGCUGGGCGUGGAGCUGAUAGACUCGUUCAAGCCUGUGCUGCUGGGCUUUGCGGGCCUGCUUCUGUACUCGUCCUAUAAUCUCAUUGUUGGUGGCAAUGAGGAUGAAGAGGAUCUGGGGAACAACGGCGUGGUUAAGUUGUGCAAGAGGGUCUUGCGCGUUUCAGAUGCGUACGAUGGCGAGAACUUCUUCACUCUCGAAAAUGGCGUUCGUGUGGCAACUCCACUUCUUCUCGCUCUGGCUGUGGUGGAACUUAGCGAUGUUGUCUUCGCAGUGGAUUCCGUCCCUGCAGUAUUUGGUGUGACUUUGGACCCAUUCAUCGUCUACACAUCCAACAUGUUUGCUAUCUUGAGUCUGCGUUCGUUAUAUGGCUUUGUCAGUGUGAUCAUGACCGAGCUCAGGUACCUUGACAAGGCGGUGGCGCUGGUGUUGGGCUUCAUUGGUGUGAAGAUGAUUGCGGACUUCACAGACUACCACAUUUCCACAGAGCUGUCGCUGCUGGUGGUCGGGGUGCUCUUGGGCGGGGGCGUCGCUGCCAGCCUUUGGUUACCAGAGCCUGCCGAUGGUGCGUAG